CCUCGCUCCAGUCACUGCCAGACUCAGUGGCUCAGGCGGGAAUGCAGCAGGCAAGGCUUACCCUCAUGGCUGCAGCAGUGUGUGUGGCUCUUCAGACCUCAGAAGCCAUACUCCCCAUCGCUUCCAGCUGCUGCACUGAGGUUUCCCACCACGUCUCCAGAAGGCUUCUGGAGAGAGUGAACGCCUGCAGCAUCCAGAGAGCCGACGGGGACUGUGACUUGGCUGCCGUCAUCCUCCAUGUUAAACGCAGAAGGAUUUGCAUCAGCCCGCACAAUCAUAUGUUGAGGCGCUGGAUGAGAGCCUCACAGGUGAAGACUGGCAAAGGAAACCCCUGCCGUAAGAGCGACAGGAAGAGUCACACCCCGAGGAAGCACGGGUCACAGAGCCACAAAGCUCCGGGUUAGAAUGGACACAAGACCCUACAGGGAUAACGCCACAAGUGAAACCGGUCCAUAGUUGGUCAUAAAUUUGCCCCCUGAAUCUUCCUUACAGACACCCCAUGGUGUUUUGUUUUGCUAAAGGAUGGUUGCGGGUGAGGAUGUUAAGUUCAAUGGUUGUGCAGCUUUGAGGGUCAACCCUUGGCACCGAAAGCAAAGACCAAACAAAAAUGUGCACAGGUAACCAAUGAUAUACUUAACUGAAAACAUAAAAUUCAUCUUUAUACACAAAAUUUAAAGGGAUAAUAUUGAUAGAAUUCUCCUAACUUUUAAAUUGAAGUUCUCUGGUCCUACCGAGGAGCUGAAGGAUUGGUACAGGAUUCUGUACACACCUGCCACCUGCAUUAGUCACUGUGAACAUUCUCUCUCUCUUCUGUGUGCUUGUGUGCACUGCAUAUACAUGGAAGGGGUUCUUCACUAAACCAUCUGCAAAGUUGCAAGCCUGACCUUUGUCUAGCCCAUUUCCUGUUACUGAAGUAUUUCUGAUUAGGUAACUUCUAAAGAGUACAAGUUUAUUUGGCUCAGGUUUCUGAGGUGGGAAAGCCCGAGAACUUGACACUAACUGGUCAGCAUCUGGGAAGACCUUUACAAUGAAACUUAAUGUGACAUGUGGCAAGACAGCCCAGUGUGCUAACUGGAUCCUCUCCUUUUCUUAUACAGCCACUAGCAACAUCAGAAAGACUACACCCAGGCAGCCUCAUUUAACCUCAACUAAGGUUAAAUUUAAAGGCCCAUCUCCAGAUGCCAACAACAUAGAGAUUUAAGGAUCAAGUUCCAAUACAUAAAUAUCUGGAGAACACACUCAAACCAUAGCAAUACUUCAGCUCCAAGUUCUUUCUCGAAUUAUCACCCAAGAAUAAACACAUUUUCCUAAAUAAUUACACUAGCUGUUUUAUACCUGGAAAGUCAGCAAUUUUGUAUAGUCUAUACUCAAAUUUCUUCCCAGAUCACCUUAUAUAAUUUUUUCCCGUCCAGGUUCACAUAUUGCCAUUCAUUUUUAUGUUGCCUUAAUAUUUUCAAUAUAAAAGUGUCCCUUGGGCUUUUUCUUUUCUGCCUUCCUCCUGUUCUUCCAUAGCUUGGACUCUUUAAAAGAGUAAAGGUCAGAAUUUGCUGCACAUUCCACGUUCGUGUACUUGGUCGUCGUGAUCAUCUCAAACUCCCCCUCCGGGUCUGUGCCCUUCUUGUUUCCCUUGUGGUUCCGCACCACCGUUUUCUAAGUAGUAAAGGGUAAGCCAAGUGCACUUAGAGGCUUGAAUGGCUACGAUCAUGUUGUAAACUUGAAAGCUGGAGAAGAAACUCUGCCUCACUGCCCAGAACUUCUCUCUUCUGUUGUGGUUCUCAGCGCAGCAGCAGCAUUAUAAAUACAGAAAUUGACUGACCCGGAACUAGUCAAGUAGACCAUGCUGGUCUUGAAUUUACAGCCAUCCACCUGCUUCUGCUUCCAGAACAAUAGGAUUAAAGGCAUGUCCAACCACAUGGCUCUAGAAGCCAAUUAAAAAAAAAAAAAGACAUUUCCUAAUCCACUUCCUCCAUGUGUUGUGAGCUGAUUCACACUGAGAAAUUUAGACACAUGGUAAAAGCCCAUUUCCAUGACAACCGUUAGAACAGGAUCAGUUUGCCAGGUGUCCUCGGUGUCUCGGGCAGUCCCAGGCAGUAGCAUUACUAGGAUUACUUGGAGGUACAAACGAAGUAGUGCUAGACCUGAUGUCAGUCAAAAUAUCACCAGGUCAACCUUUGUCUAACGCCCCUCAUAGAAACCGAUGCAGCGUGCAGUUUCUUUAGGCUCACCAACAGUCCUGCAACUUUGUUUGGGUAAGAAAAGUGGAGGCUCGGAGAGGUCAAAUGACUUGCCCAGCAUCUUAUAGUAAGAGGCAGAGACAAGCUGCGUCCAGAUGACCGGACUCUUUGCUAGUUUUCCCUGCAGCCCCAACAGUGGACUGAGACAUAUGGACAUGGAGGUGGGAGAGGAAAUCUAUCCCUGCGGUUCCCAGAGGACGAGGGACACAUCUGGUUGACAGCAUUAAAACCUCUGCCACCAGCACUGCGGUGAAGACUAUUGGCAAAAGCCACUUUCCUAGACCAGACUGGGCCUCGACCUGAUCCGAUGCACUUUUAUGUAUUCCCAAGGUGGAGGAAACUACAAAAUAUUAGUCUUUGGCUUGCAAAAUAUUUUUCUUCAGAUCCGUCUUUUGAAUCUAUCGUCGAAUUUUAUCGGGAAGUAUAGCAUCCUUUGAUAGCUCAGCUCUGGCAUGCCUUUGGCAGGCAACCCUGAGGAAAAACGCCAUUAUCAUUCGGCAUCAUCAAAGUGCAGGUCUAAACGCCAAAGAAAGCAGCACUAAAUUUACAAUUGUAAUAAUACAAAAUCAGAAUGAGGCACAGUAGACAUGUUGAAAAGUUAAAAUGAAAACCAAAACAUUGAUCUUUGAGUCUUUCAACUAAUCAUUUGAAUCAUAAUUAUUGUUAUAUUUAUUGUUAUAAUUCUUUUAUUUCUACUUGUAACUAUCAUCCAUAACUUGAUACAACUUGGGGUCAUGACAAAUGACAGUAUGUGUGAUAUGUUUUAAAAGCUGAUGGCUGUGGUUUGGGUAAGUGUCUCCUAAGGCUUGUGUAUGGAAGGAAGACCUGUUCUUCCAUACUUGGUGCUCCUGGGAAGCAGGGGAGAAUUCGGCACAUGGAGUCUAGUGGGCAAACUCGGGUCCCUGGGUGUGUGUCCUGUGUUAGUAUCACAGCACCAGAAACUAAGCAGCUUCUUUGGCCACAUAUUUCCAGCAUGACAUUCUGUCUGCCCCAGGCCCAGGGGUCACGGAGACCCAACUGAUCGUGGACUGAAACCUUUGAAACUGUGAGCCGAAUGAAGCCUGUCUGCUGUCUCAGUUGAUUUGUCAUGAGUAUUUGUGACAGAAAAAGACGGGUUUUUACUGUAAUGUGAGCAGUUAAGAUUUAGUAUCUGAAAGACUAAGUCUCUUAGAGUCUGCUGUGUGCUUAGUAAAAUAUUAUCACUCUUAUACUGUGUACAAUAUUGUAAGUACUGUUACUAUAUCACAAGUUCUAUAAGUCACCAGUCUAACCUAUAAGCCUUCCUUUUAGAAUAUGUAUUCUUCUUAUACUUUAUUAAAAAUUAUACAUUUUAUUAUAAAA